CCGCCAUCUCGACAUCGUCUCCUCUCAUCGACAUCCGCAUCGACAGGUAACCGAUUCAGGACUUGUUACGGUGAUCAUCAGGACAUCACUAGCAUCGCCUCCGAACCCGAGUACAUACCCCAGGAUAAUCGAGUACUUAGGAGAUCUUCUGACUGCCGUAUCGCGUGGCCAAACAUCGCACCCAGAGCUCAUAACAUAGCCAGCACCAGCACACGACCACACCCUCCAUCUCACGAUGUCCGCAACCGCAACCACAACCGCCCCACCGCCCACCACAACCUCCGACACCUCCCCGCGCCCGCAACCCCCCAAACGUCAAUCCACGCUCGACGAAGCCGCGUUAGCGGCGCUCGAGAAGAAGCUAGGCGAGAGGCCGGAGAAGAGUGAGUUGCAGGAGAGGAAUAUACUUAAAGACGAUAAAGUCGCACCGGCACUGCAAGCCGCGAAGGAGAAAUUGGAGCGGUCUCAGCUCGAGGACAAGCUCGACAACGCGCUCCAGAAACGUCCGAAGCCGGAGGAGCUCGUCAAGGAGGGGAUCCUUCAAGCCGACGAAGCGCCAACCAUCUGAACAUCCAAUUACUGUCAGCCUAAAUCUAAGCGCCCCUAUCUACCUCAGAGGUCAGGACGGAUAUUUCGCUCGUCGUAUUUAUUGACUUUUGAACGGAUGAUAUGAAUCUGAUGGACAGUCGACUUCUCGUGGUUGGAUUUUCAGUUCCCAUUCAUGGGAAGGAAGGAAGGAAGGAAGGAAGGAAGGAAGGAGUCAAAACGUUGUAGUAGUAUCUCGAAAUCUGAAUCAAGCUGUACCUAUACAAAGUGUCUUUCUUUACACCCUUCUGUCCUCUUGUCCUCUCUUGUCUUGCCUUCUAUUGUCCAAACAAUUCAAAAUUAA